AUGGGAGACCCAACGCGAUUGCUAUUCGGUUCGGUACCGCUUCAGUACCGCCAGGCAACAUAUUUCCUCGCUGUAUGCAGUGUUGUUUGCCUCCUGAUCGCCCUCUACCGUGCCUACAGCAUCCGCCUACUCUCUGUUCAUCUUUAUGGCAGGGUUAUCCACGAGUUUGACCCCUGGUUCAAUUACCGUGCCACGGAGUACCUCAGCGAGCACGGCUGGCGGGCCUUCUUUCAGUGGUACGACUACAUGAGCUGGUACCCGCUUGGGCGGCCAGUCGGCACUACAAUAUACCCCGGCCUGCAGAUCACCAGUGUUGCCCUCCACCGGGCACUGGCCAUGGUGGGAGUGGACAUGUCGCUGAACGACGUCUGUGUCUUUGUGCCGGCGUGGUUUGGCGCGGUGGCGACAUUGCUGACGGCAAUGCUGGCAUACGAGUCCUCCAGGUCUCUCACAGCGGCUGCCGUGACGGCGUACUUCUUUUCCAUCAUUCCCGCCCACCUGAUGCGUUCCAUGGCCGGGGAGUACGACAAUGAGUGUAUCGCGAUGACGGCGAUGGUGCUGACCUUCUACAUGUGGGUGCGCUCACUGCGCGGGCCGGGGUCGUGGCCCAUCGGCCUGCUCACAGGUCUUGCGUACGGCUACAUGGUGUCGACAUGGGGCGGAUAUAUUUUCGUCCUAAACAUGGUCGCCUUCCAUGCUGCGGUGUGUGUGUUCGUGGACUGGGCGCGUGGGAUCUAUGACACCAACCUCCUCAAGGCGUACUCGCUCUUCUUCAUCGUGGGCACGGCAAUUGCUACGUGUGUACCACCGGUGGGGUGGACGCCGUUCAAGUCGCUGGAGCAGCUGAUGGCGCUGGUGGUGUUUUUCUUCAUGUGGGCGCUGCACUUCUCCGAGACUCUGCGGCGGCGCGCGGAUGUGGAAAUCCGCUCCUCCAAGGCGCUGCAGAUUCGGGCGCGAGUGUUCAUGGGGACACUCAGCGUCCUCGUGGUUGUGGCGGCGCUGCUGGCGCCGACGGGCUACUUUGGUCCCCUCUCCUCUCGUGUCCGUGCGCUGUUCGUGCAGCACACCCGCACCGGCAACCCCCUCGUCGACUCUGUCGCGGAGCAUCAGCCAACCUCGGCCAAUUCCUUCUGGACCUACCUUCAUGUCUGCCUGCCGGGUUGGAUGCUUGGCUUUAUUGUUAUUGCACUCUCCUGCGCCGUGCAGUGCAGUGCCGCGAAAACAUUCCUCUUGGUCUACUCCGUAGUCGCCUACUAUUUCUCAACAAAGAUGAGUCGGCUGCUGUUGCUCACUGCGCCAGUGGCUGUGUCGGCGACCGGUGUCUUGGUGGGCUUCCUGUUGGACUUUUCGCUUGAGUUGCUUUUUCAGCCCUUGGAAGAGAAUGGUGCGGCGAAAAAGACGCCGGCGAAGCAGCGGCAAAAGAACUCAACGCAAGGAUCCACAUCAAAGGAGCAGGAGCAUCCUGUUGUUACGCAUUGGAAGAAGGUAUCUCGUCGUCACCCGCUUUUGACUGUCGCCGUUGUUGGCGUUGUGCUUGCCUUUGGGGUGCAUUCAAUCGCCACCUCGGGUUUCAGCGAGAGGUGCAGAGGCUUCGCGGAAGCCGUAUCAAGUCCACAAAUCAUGUUUCGCGCGAGGCUUAACAACGGAAAGAUCAUUAUGGUGGACGACUACUACGUUGGAUACCAAUGGCUGCGCAACAACACGCCGGCGGAUGCCCGCAUACUUGCCUGGUGGGACUAUGGCUACCAGAUCACUGGAAUCGGCAACCGCACCACGCUCGCUGACGGCAACACGUGGAACCACGAGCACAUCGCCACCAUUGGGAAGAUGCUUGCCUCACCUGUUGUUGAGGCGCACUCGCUCAUUCGGCAUCUUGCCGACUACGUUCUUAUCUGGAGCGGUCAGCAAGGGGAUGACCUGAUGAAGUCACCGCACAUGGCUCGAAUUGGCAACAGUGUGUACCGUGACAUCUGCCCCGAGGAGGAUCCACUGUGCUCAAACUUUGGGUUCUUUAGCGGCGACACAAGGCAGCCAACACCGAUGAUGCGCCGCUCGUUGCUCUACAAUCUACACGCCUCUGGAGAUAUCCCUGGGGUGCAAAUCAAUGAAAAGCUGUUUAAGCUAGCCUAUGUGUCACGUUAUGGUCUCGUGAAGAUUUACAAGGUGAUGAAUGUGAGUGCGGAGAGCAAGGCGUGGGUGGCGGACCCGAGGAAUCGCAAGUGCAACCCACCAGGGUCAUGGCUCUGUGCUGGGCAGUACCCGCCAGCGAAGGAAAUACAGGCCCUGUUGUCGAAGCGCAUAGACUACGGCCAGCUGGAGGACUUCAACCGCGGCAAGCGGGACGAUGCGUACUAUCGCGCCUACAUGCGCCGGAUCCGCAACGAGGGGUGA